AUGACACGACGGGAUUAUGUCAUCCCAGUAAUUUCCGGCAUCUCGGCGCUAGGCCAGAUGCGGACGACCGUCAAUCCAGGGCUAGAGUCUAUCACGUGCAAUCAGUCCAUUGUUACCGGGCCGAGCAUUGUUCCCGAACGGUCCCUCAACCAAAUCAAAUUCAACCGCGAUGGCGAUCUCAUCUUCUCCGUGGCAAAGGAUAAAAUUGUGUGUGCUUGGUGGUCGGCUAACGGCGAGCGACUCGGUACCUACAACGGACAUCAGGGUGCCAUCUGGACGGUCGACGUGAGUCCCAACACCGUUCUCCUGGCGACUGGCUCGGCAGACAACACCGUGCGACUAUGGAACGUGAAGACCGGCGAGUGCGUGAAGGUGUGGGACUUCCCCACGGCCGUGAAGCGCGUUGAAUUCACCCCCGACGGAACCAGACUGCUGGCUGUGACGGAAAAGCGUAUGGGUUUCCUGGGCACUAUCGCCGUGCUCGAUAUCAACUACGGAGACGGUCAGGGCGGCAACCUGGAGGUUCAGGCCGAGGAGCCCAGCCUCAAAAUCACCUGCACGGAGAGCAAGGCCACUGUUGCGGGCUGGAGUUAUCUGGGCCAGUACAUCAUCGCCGGCCACGAGGACGGCAGCGUCAGCCAGUAUGAUGCUAAGACCGGUGAGCAGCUGGAGAAUGUCCAGGCUCACGAGUUCGACCACCAGAUCAACGACAUCCAAUUCUCCGAAGACCGCACCUACUUCAUCACCGCCUCGAAAGACAAAUCUGCCAAACUCAUCUCCACCCGUAACCUCGCCAUCCUCAAGACUUACGUUGCCGACACGCCCCUGAACAGCGCCACCAUUACUGCCAAGAAGGAGUACGUGAUCCUGGGAGGUGGUCAGGCCGCCAUGGAUGUCACGACUACCUCUGCUCGCCAGGGUAAAUUCGAAGCUCGUUUCUACCACAAGGUCUUCGAGGACGAGAUCGGCCGUGUCCGUGGCCAUUUCGGUCCCCUGAACACCGUUCACGCUCACCCCAACGGUACCGCCUACGCCUCCGGCGGAGAGGACGGUUACGUCCGUGUCCAUCACUUCGACAAGGGGUACUUUGAUUUCAUGUACGAAGUCGAGCGGGAGCAGCUGAGACGGUAA